AUGCUCCAACCACGCCUCCCAUUGAGGAGCCUACAGAACUCCUGUAGAUGCCUCUCAUCAAUCACCACUCGCGCAUACUCCAGCACACUCCUCCAGAAGCCAGAUGGACCAGCCGAACCGGAAAAGGAAACUCCUAGUUUCGCUUUCGCUCCUCCUCCAAUGAGGGAUAAGGAAGGGCUUGGUAUUCGAUCUUAUACACCCCGCACGCCCGGUCUCAGGCAUCUGCGAAGACCAAUCAACGACCACUUGUGGAAAGGAAGGCCGGUGCACAAACUCACCUUCCCGAAAAAAGGCCAUGGCAAAGGUGGCCGGAAUAGCACUGGCAGAGUGACUGUUCGGCAUCGUGGUGGAGGCCACAAACGGAGAAUACGCACCGUCGAUUUCGAGCGGAAGGAACCAGGACCCCAUACGGUUGAGAGAAUCGAGCAUGAUCCGAAUCGAAAUGCGCAUAUUGCUCUUAUCAAGUCCAAGAACACGGGCAAAUUGAGUUAUAUCAUCGCUGCUGAGGGCAUGAGGGCAGGUGAUGUUGUCGAGAGUUACAGAGCAGGUAUCCCCGACGAGCUAUGGCAGAGUAUGGGCGGCACAGUCGAUCCCGGAUUAAAACCGGGAAAGGGAGGACAGUUAUGCCGGGCCGCUGGUACCUUUGCAACGAUCACUCUAAAAGCAACCGAAGAAUUGCCUGAAGAAAUACAACAAGCGGAAAGCGUAUCUUCAGAAGAAGGAGACGCGAAACUUCUUACCCUACAGGAGAGACACAAACUCAAACAGCUUGCGGACCAUGUCACCAUUCGCCUUGCCAGCGGUGAAGUUAGGCUCAUCCAUAAGGAUUGCUGUGCAACCAUCGGCGUCGCAAGUAAUGCCUAUUUCAAAUAUAGAUCCCUUGGAAAGGCUGGACGAAGCCGAUGGUUGAAUAUCCGUCCGACAGUCCGAGGCCUCGCCAUGAACGCAAAGGACCAUCCCCACGGUGGUGGACGAGGAAAGUCGAAGGGCAACGUCCAUCCAAAAAGUCCCUGGGGCAAGCCAGCCAAAUCCGGAUACAAAACUCGACCAAAGCACCGCGUCAACAAGGCUGUCAUUAUCCCGCGCGUACGGAACCAAGGCAAGCGUCGCAGAGGAUACAAUUAA